CAAAUUGUGUUCUGCAAAUCCUCUGUGACCCCUGGGAUAACUGGCUUAGAGUACAUUCAGCAGAACUGUGAAUUCCUCAACACUCAGUGAGUUUCCUAAUGUUGGAGAGACAAUUCAUGGAGGCCCUCUGAAGUCGUGCAGCUCCAUCAUUCAUGUUUUCAGAUAACAUGAAACUACUGAUGGUACUUGUGGUCAGCAUUCAACUCUUCCAGCCCUCUCCUGCAGCCUCCUUCAGGGCCCUUUCCUGCAAUGAGCAGAGGGUGGUGAAGGCAGCAGAACUGGCAGUAGAACACAUCAAUGCUGACCAGCCAGGAGAAUACAAGUACGUGCUGAACAAAAUUGAAAAUGCCCAGGAAGACCGAAGCAAGCAAGCCACACCUUCUGUUUACCUCGAAUUUGAAAUACUAGAAACCAGAUGCCACUCACUGAACCCCAAACCUGUGGCACAGUGUGAAGUACGAUCAGGUCCUGAAGCUAUUUCUGGUGACUGUAAAGUACAGUUACAAAUGAACAAAACAACUGGAUGCAUAAAGGUCGACAGGUAUUGGUGCUUAAUAUCACCAGAUUCCGACGACAUGGUUCUGAGACCCUGUCGAGAUUGCCCACAUCGUAUAGCUUUAAAUCAUUCUGAUGCCAGUUACGCUGUUACCGCAGCAUUACACAAAUACAACCAAAACAGCAGCAAGCCAAAUUAUUUUGCUGUACAGAAAAUAACAAGAGCUUCCUCCCAGAAGCUUGCUGGGAAGAAAGUAUUUGUUGAAUUUGUAAUCCAAGAAACUAAAUGUCCUAAAACUUCUAGUCUUCCGAACUGUACAGAAAACAAAGGCAAAUUUGCUUCUCGUAAUAAAGGUUUCUGUGCUGCCUCUGUCUAUAAACCCAUUACUGGGCACGAGAAAGUGGAAGUGAAAUGUGAACACUACAGACCAAAGGUCAUAAGCUCGACGAAGAAUAAACCUGCAAAUUGUAUCCAGCAAAGACUUCGACACAAAGGACAAGGAAAAAGAAAUAAGAGGCAUGCCAUUCAAAAGAAACAACUUGGUAAUAAAAGGGCAAAACUACGUGGUGGAACUCCCAAGAGAAUUGAAUCAUCUGAAGAAGUACGGGGCGCACUGGGUUUUGAAAUAGGUACAGGUAGUAGAAAUAACUUUCCAAGACUGCCUGCUCCACGAAAUAUAUGCCCAGGGAGAGCUCGCUACUUUGCAGGGCCCACAGUGUCUAUUUGACAGGUCUCUGAAAUAAAUCCAGAGUAGAGAACACAAUGGACUGAAAAUCCAAUCUUUUUAAAUGUUGCAAUACAGUUUAUAUUGAUUGUGCAAGGCACACAUCUAAAGCAUUAUUAAAUUGGAAGGAAUGAUCAGCAUUAGCUUGAAAUUAAAAGUCUGAAAUAAAUACUACUCUUAAAAAAAUUAAUACACACCAUUCCUGUUUAUGGUAUUGAAUGCAUGCACAUUCAGUAAUAACAGUUCAGUUACAAUAUGCUAUGUCAUUUCAGUUACCCUCACUAAAAGCCUAUCUUGCUGUUUGAAAAGUUAUUUGUGCUGAUCGGCCUUUUCCUUAUGUUAGAAAAACUACUUAUCUGAUGUACUGGAAGUACAAAAUAUAAUUCUGUCUUUCAGCUGUUUCAGCUAGCAAACUUCGCCUCAUCAGCACAUUAUAAAUUUGGAUUUUUUUUUUGUUCUUUACUCUGUAACAGAAUUUCUUUGUUUGGAUCCAUUGUACUGUACAAAGUUUGAAGUCUGGUGUCCUCAUUAUUAAAUCCUUUCUUCCUACCUGCCCCACUCCUCCCUCCUGAUCAUUCCGUAAUCAUCCUUAUUACAAAGAAAACCAUCCAAAUUGUUCAGGUAGUUCUUUAAGUUUAUAUAUUUUCCAGCAACACACACACCGGAUUGAAUAAAUGGGUUUUGCUAUCCUUUAUGCUCACAGUUGUCCAUAGCUUUUGUGGAGCAUAAAUUGGCACAGAAGUCCAAUGUGAGAGUGGAGAGUGCAGCUAAUAGGUAAAACAACAUUGUACCUCUUUGGCCAAUUAACUUGAAAAUUCCUUACUGAGCUGUCAAAUGCAGGAAGCAAAAUAAAGUCAGGGCUUGGACACUAUUAAGAGAAUAUAAAAGAGUAAGAAAAAAAGCUAAAUAAUAAUUAAAAAUUCCAACAGUAAUUAGAAGUUAAUUGAAUAGAACUUCAUACUUGUAAGUACA